CGCAUCACCGCCUUGCGUUUUCCUGGAAGAUAUAAUCCAAGCGCUGUCGUGCUCUCAGUCGCUACGGAGAGCGACUGCGUAGUGGCAAGAUGGGGAAACUGAUUCGCCUUGAGCUUUACAAUUUCAAAUCAUACAAGGGCCAUCAUACGCUUCUUUUCGGCGAUGCCUACUUCACAUCAAUCAUUGGACCCAACGGGUCAGGAAAGUCCAAUUCGAUGGAUGCGAUUUCAUUCGUAUUAGGAAUCAAGUCUUCCCACCUUCGAUCGACGAACCUGCGCGACCUUAUCUAUCGAGGUCGCGUCUUGCGCACAUCAAAAGUCGACGCGGACGGAAACGCCGUCGACAGGGAAACGGAAGGGGUCGAGCCGACACAGAAUGAGUACGACGUGGAACCGUCGCAGGAUGCUAGCGGAACAAACGAUCCGAGGACCGCGUGGGUUAUGGCUGUCUACGAAGAUGAUGCGGGAGAAGAACAGCAAUGGAGGCGCUCCAUUACCAGUCAGGGAGUAAGCGAGUACCGGAUCAACAAUCGUGUGGUAACUGCGCAGCAGUACAACGAGGCGCUGGAGGCGGAAAAUAUUCUCAUCAAAGCUCGAAACUUUCUUGUUUUCCAGGGUGAUGUGGAAGCGAUUGCCUCUCAAUCUCCAAAGGACCUUACACGCCUGAUCGAGCAGAUUUCAGGAAGCUUGGAGUAUAAAGCGGAGUACGAGCGACUUAAGGCCGAGGCUGAGGAAUCUGCGGAGCAACAGACUCUCCAGCUCAACCGCCGCCGUGCGAUUAACUCGGAGAUCAAGCAAUAUCAGGAGCAGAAGCGGGAGGCUGAGAACUACGCGAGAAAAGCGGAGGAACGCGAUCAGGCCAUCAUCACGCAUAUCUUAUGGAAGCUUUUCCACUUCCAACGUAUGAUUGACGACUCGAGCGCGGAGAUUCAAAAGUACCAGGAUGAGCUGAAAGAAUACCGCCGCGGUGUAGAGAAGUAUGAGCGAAAUGUCGAGGACGCGAAGAAGUCUCACGCCAGAGUUGGUCGUGAUGUUGCAACCGCGGAGAAGAACAUCGUGAAAAAGGAAAAGGAAAUCGAAGAAGCUACCAAUGCCCUUGUCCCAAUCGAUGAAAAGGUUGACAUAACUAAGCGGAAGGUCGAAAGAUACAGUUCUCGCAUCGCGGAAAUUGGAAAAGAACGCGAUACGCAGUCGGCUAGCAUAAAGCAGCUACAAAAGAAUCUCAAGGUCGUUGAGAAGGCGCAAGCUCAAUGGGAGGCGGAUUGGCAAAAGGCCCUGAGCAAGCAAGGUGGCCAGCUCAGCCAAGCUGAUCAACAGGAAUACCAUAAACUCAAGGAAGAAGUCAACAAACGUUCCUCUGCGGAACAACUGAAGCUGGACAAUCUCAAACGCCAGAGGAAGACCGACGCAGAAGCAUACAACAGCUUGAAGAGCAAAUUUGACAGCACUCAAUGGCAACUCCAAACAUUGGAAACCGACACGAAGGCCUUGAGCGAACGCAAGGCGGCUGCUAAUGAGACCGUCAAAACAACCUCGAAGGAAAUUGAGAAGAAGAAGAAAGAACUCAAUGCGAUCAGCUCAGAGCGACUGCGCGUUUCCCAAAUGCGAACAGAGUACGAAGAGAAACUUCAAGUUGUUUUGAAAAAGCUCCUUGAAGCAGACGACGGCAAAAAGCAGACAGAGCGAGAGAUCCGAGCGAAAGAGCUGAUCUCAACCCUCAAGCGGAUCUUUCCUGGUGUCAAAGGGCGUGUUAGUGAUCUGUGCAAGCCCAAACAGAAAAAAUAUGCCGACGCCGUUAGUACUGUUCUGGGCCGUCAUUUUGACGCUAUUGUUGUGGACAACGAGAAGACUGCCAAAGAGUGCAUUCAACACCUUCGUGAUCAGAGGGCCGGCCAGGCUACCUUCAUUCCUCUAGAGACUAUUCAGGUUAAAGCUCUGAACUCUAACCUGAAGGGUAUGCAUCGCGCCAUGCGUCCUGCAAUUGAAACAGUGGACUACGACGAUUCCGUGGCAAGAGCUAUUACUUAUGCUUGUGGCAAUGCUAUCGUAUGCGAUGAUCUGGCAACUGCCAAGUACCUGUGCUACGAGAGACACGUGGAUGCAAAGGCUGUCACUCUGGACGGAACCGUGAUCCACAAGGGGGGCUUGAUGACCGGUGGCCGCGGUCCACAGCAAAACUCCAAGCGUUGGGAAGACUCGGAGGUAGAGAGCCUCUUCAAGCUAAAGGACAAGAUCAUGGCAGACCUAGCCAACCUACCUAAGGGUCACCGUCGAGGAACCGAGGAGGAAACUCUGCAGGGUGAAUUGGUUGGUCUGGAGCAACGACUUGCAUACGCUCGUGAGGAACUCAAAGCCCUUGAACGAAACCUGAAGGAUAAAUAUACCGAAUUGGACUUUGUCAAGAGGCAGCUCGAGGAUCUCCGGCCAAAGUACACUGAAAAGCAAGAAGUACUCGAUGAGCUCGAUGAGGCCAUCGCUACUUCUCAAGACGCUGUCAGUGGUGUUGAAGAUGAGAUCUAUAGAAAAUUCUGUAAACGUCUUGGUUACAGCAAUAUCCGGGAGUACGAAGUGCAACAAGGUUCCCUACACGAGGAGGCUGCACAGAAGAAGCUUGAGUUCACAACCCAGAAGAGUAGGAUUGAGAAUCAGCUCAGCUUCGAGCAACAGCGGCUGCAGGCUACUACCGACCGCAUUGCCAGUCUGCAGGCUCAACACCAGCGUGAUGCAAAUAUGAUUGGGGAACUUGAGUCCGAGCAGGAGAGAGUACGGAAUAAGCUUGAUGAGCUUAAUGCCGAACUCGAUAUUUUGCGCGAAAAGCUUGAGGAGCAGAAGGAGAAGUAUGGACAGUCCGCUGAAAAUUUGGCUCAUCACCGUAGAGAACUUCAGAAACGCAGCAAGGAGGUGGAAUCCACUCUGAGAUUCAUUAACGGCCUGGAAACAGAGAUUCAACGCAACUCGUCUAGUCGAUAUGCUCUACUCCGGCGGUGCAAGCUCGAGGAUAUCGACAUUCCACUGACUGAGGAAUCCAACCCGCUUGAUCAACUUCCAAUUGACGAGCUUGUCCAGGGAGCCGAUCCCGACGCAAUGGACGUGGACGAGGACACACAGGCGAACGGCGGCUUCAGCGUGCAGGACUACGGCAUUGAGGUGGACUUUGAUUCUCUCGGCGAUACCCUUAAGGAGGAUUCCGAUGAGAAACUCGAGGAAGAACUGCUGGAGAAAGUUCGUACUCUUAAUAGCGAGCUUGACAAAAUGGCUCCCAACACGCGUGCACUGGAGCGCCUCGAGAGCGUAGAGAACAAACUUCGAGCUACAGAAAAGGACUUUGAGCAAGCACGAAAGCGUGCUCGAAAGGCUAAAGAUGACUUCGAAGAGGUCAUGCGUCGACGCUCGGAGCUCUUCAACAAGGCCUUCUCGCACAUUUCUGAGCAGAUUGGGCCUAUCUAUAGAGAAUUGACCCGGAGCUCAAACUACCCCUUGGGAGGACAAGCUUACCUGGACAUCGAAGACUCCGACGAGCCAUACCUGGACGGCAUCAAGUAUCACGCUAUGCCUCCACUCAAACGUUUUCGAGACAUGGAGCACCUGUCAGGCGGUGAAAAGACUAUGGCCGCUCUGGCUCUUCUCUUCGCCAUCCAUUCAUACCAGCCGUCGCCUUUCUUCGUCCUGGACGAGGUCGAUGCUGCGCUCGACAAUACCAACGUUGCUCGGAUUGCAAACUAUAUUUACGACCAUGCGGCCCCUGGAAUGCAGUUCAUCGUCAUUAGUUUGAAGAACGGGCUGUUCCAGAACAGUGAGGCAUUGGUCGGUAUUUACCGAGACCAGGUAGAAAAUAGCAGCAAAUCUCUGACGCUUGAUUUACGGAAGUACACCUAAGAUACAGAGUGAUAGUGCUCUGAA